GGUUGGGGAAACGCGAAAAGCAGGGCAAAAAGUCUCCCAACCCGUCCAGAAUCGGCGCUCUGGACACGGUUCCCAUGCAUCUCAUCCUCUUCAACCUCGCUCUAGAGAGAGGGGUUGCAUCAUGCAUGUUCCAUUUCAAUCUUUGACAUCCUAAGCAACAAGAGAUCUCUACUCUUAAGCAUGACAUAAGACCCUCCUCCACACACACACACACUCUUCCUCCUUUCUUCCUGACCCCUCAACUUCUCAGGACUCCAUUCUUUGUGCUUUGAAAGCAGAGAGAGAGAGAGAGAGAGAGAGAGAGAGAGAGAUGGGGUCAGGGUCUUUCAAGGGCAACAAUGGAGGAGGAGCGCAGAGAGGGCGGCCGUACGGGUUGAUGCUGCUUCUGGCAUUCGGGGCUGCCCUCCUUGGAGUCAUGGCACUCCACAAGCUCCGGGAGAGACGCAUCUCCAAUCUCCUUCUCAAGGACAAGGACCGCCAGCUCUUCUCUCUCCACCUUCUCUUGCAGAGAGAAAGAGACCACAGCAAGGAAAUGAAAAGGAAAUUUGAAGGGAUGAAAGAGAAGAUGUACGCCUUUAGGACACAAAAGAUGGAGCUGGAUAGUGCGGUCCUCGAGAUGCAGUCUACAGUCGGCUCGCUGAAGGACGAGAUGCGAGCAAUGGAGUUGGCGGUCCAAGAAAAGGACAACGAACUCAAAAUGCUGCAUGAAAAAAUUAUGGAGGCAAGCCGAAAAGAUCCUGAGGAAGUUCCUUUGAGAGAAAUCUUGAAGCUGAAGGAAGCAGAAAUUGAGGAUUUGAAGCAGCGUCUCGAGAAACAGGUCAACAUCGGGUCAGCGAGCUCCGACGACCCGUCUAGUUUGCCUCGGAAUUCCAGUAUGCAAGGAGGCGAGGUACAGAAGGACGAAACAAGCAAUGUGGGUGUAGAAGGAAAGGGCGAGCCAGCGCGCGAAUCAAACGGGACUUCCUUGAUUGAGAGCCAAAAUGAAGUCCUGGAUGGCGAAGUUGCAUCAAGAUCUGAAGAGGGUUCUGAAGACAAACUGGGUUCUGCUGAUAAGAGGGAAGUGACAGAGAUGGAAAAGGUGCAGGGGAAGGGAGAUAGCUCAGGUGAACAUCAAGAGCAAGGACAAGUUGCCAGUGAAGGGAAUGGGACAGAGGACGGUAGAGUAAAUAUUUAUGGUCUCCAAGAGGAGCGAAAAUCGGAUACUGGAGAUGAAGUCUCGAGAAACAGGAAUGAAAAUGGUAAUGCGGAGACCAUCAAUUUGAAGGAAAGUCUAGAAGAGAGUGGAGUAGGGAAGGGUGGUCUGAAGUUGGAAACUUCAGAAAAUGUUCACAGCAAUGAAUCAGACUCUGUUGUUGUGGUAAAGCAAGGCAAUCUACAUAUCAGUAGGAAAAGGGGAAAGAAAUGGAGGAUGCUUGCAAGGAAUAGGAGGCUCGGGAACAAGGGGAACAAAAAAGGAAGACUCAUUAGAGACGCGAAUGAAAUCGAGCGAUACGGGAGCGAAAGAGAAAACCAGCUAGAGAGCACCGAAAAUUACCAGCAAAAUGGCACCCACUUGAGAAGAGAUGAGCCUGAGCAGAGAGAAGAACAAGAGAGGAAAGAAGGUCGAGAUCAAGUUGAAAUCAAGAGUGUGGCAGCUGACUCCAACGAAGACAGGGUAAACGGGGGAGAGGAACGUGACAAGAGCCAGGGAAACAGAGAUAAGUCGAUUGAGUCUGAAAAUUCUGAAGAUAAGGGAGAUGUAGAAGAGAGUGCAAUGAAUGGCGGCAGAAAAGGUCCUCUUAAGGAUGAACAGGAAGAGAUGAAGAGUGGCAAUUCGUCGACGAAUGGCGAAGUCUUGACCAAUUCUGCUUCACAAGGGAAAGCUGAUAACAUCAUAAAUGAAGACGGAGAACGGGAAGCCAAUGUGGAAAUCCAAAGACAAGAAGGUCAAGGAGCCAAUGAAGACGGUGCCCGCCAGGAUUUCUCGCGGGAAACUGAUGGUUCCCAGUUCGGAAAAUAAGGACGACUACAAGGCGGAAACCGAUGGUUCUGGGCUCUAGAUUUAACCCAAUUGUGCUGUAAACUAAAGACCCUCUGCGUUCCUUUUUUACUAUCGCUGUGUGUUCAGACAAUCAGAUUUAAUCUUUAUUAGAUAUUAUCCA